UACCUCCCACAAUUAUACUCGCUCCCUGCUGGCUGCCUGUAAGAGUCUCCAAGAGUGAUAAAGUUUAGUUUCAUCUUCCCCUGAGCCACUCUCUGCAGACACCCAGCCGGCAAGGACGUCUGCACUGACAGAGGCUGCUCGCCAGAAGAGGAGCACGUCGGAAUGGCCGCCCCGGCCGUGGUGACGAUCCAGCCGCAGUACGGCAUGGCCGUGCCCUCGGCCUCGCGGAACAUGUGGCAGACCGGGCUGCUGGACUGCUGCACCGACUGCGGCGUCUGCUUCUGCGGGAUGUUCUGCUUCCCCUGCCUCGCCUGCCAAGUGGCCGGGGACAUGAACGAGUGCUGCCUGUGCGGGACCAGCGUGGCCAUGAGGACGCUCUACCGCACCAGAUACAACAUCCCGGGGUCCAUUUGCUCUGACUUCUGUACCACUCUGUGCUGUCCUGUGUGCUCCAUUUGCCAACUUAAGAGAGACAUCAACCGGAGGAGGGAUCUGGGCAUAUUUUGAUGCCGCCGUCCCCACCGCGCCCUGCGGAGCCGCUGCGGGCCGGAGUCGCCGCUGCCCCGGCUGUUGGGAAAGGCACCGCCGGGGUUUGCCUUGCUUACGGUUGGUUCCCCCUUCCCUGAGUAAUGCCAUGAAUAAACAGCAGAAUUUGC